UGGAUAGAUACAACAAUAAUCUCCCUCGCGAUAGCAGGAGCAUCUCCAACCUCUCUCGUACAAGGGAAAGAGAGAGACAGAAAAGAUGGCUUUAAGCUCCGCAAAUCUCACUCUAUAUUGCCUUCUGUGCCUGUUAAUCUCAUUAGCCUCUUCGCAUCCAGUCUAUGAGAGAUUCCUCCGCUGCCUCUCCAUUCAUAGCCCACCUUCCACCAACUUCUCGCAACUCAUCUACUUGCCCAACACCGGUUCCUACUCCUCUCUCCUCCGAUCAUCCAUCCAAAACCUCAGGUUCGCAUCUCCCACCAUUCCAAAGCCCCUCCUCAUUCUCGAGCCUGCCGAUGAGUCCCAGAUCCAAGCUUCAGUCAUCUGCUGCAGGAACCACAGCCUGCCAAUGAGAGUUCGGAGCGGCGGGCACGACUAUGAAGGCCUGUCCUAUCGGUCCGACCAUGACAGCCGCUUCAUCUUGCUUGAUCUCACAAGGCUUAGAUCGAUAAGUGUCGACACGGAGCAUGGCGUCGCUUGGGUCCAGUCCGGGGCCACUCUAGGCGAACUCUAUUACAGGAUUGCAGAGAAGAGUAGCUACCAUGGCUUCCCGGCAGGCAUCUGCCCCACUGUUUGCGUCGGCGGGCACCUGAGUGGCGGCGGUUUGGGGCCCUUGAUAAGGAAAUAUGGUCUCGCUGCUGACAACGUCCUGGACGCUACGUUAGUUGAUGUUAAUGGGAGGCUCUUGGACAGGGAGUCCAUGGGGGAAGAUCUCUUCUGGGCUAUAAGAGGAGGUGGAGGAGCAAGCUUUGGUAUCAUAGUCUCGUGGAAGGUCAGGUUAGUUCCUGUUCCCCCCACUUUCACCAUUUUCACUCUCCACAGGACCUUGGAGCAGGGAGCAAUAGAGCUUCUGAAUAAAUGGCAAUACGUCGCACACAAGCUCCAUGAGGAUCUAUACCUCAAGGUUGAUAUCCAACAUGUGGAGGGUGGAGAGAACGGAGUGGUGGCCGUUUUUGAAUCCUUGUUUCUUGGGGGGUGUGCUGAGCUACUCCAGCAUAUCGGGAAGAGCUUUCCGGAGCUGGAGGUGAAGAGGAAUGACUGCAGGGAGAUGACUUGGAUUCAAUCGGCCCUCUACUUUGCUGGGUAUCACAGCGAAGUGCCCAUGGAAAUUUUGCUGGAUAGGAGUCUGCAGCCGAAGGAAUUCAACAAGGGCAAGUCUGACUACGCGAGGGAACCCAUCCCUUUAAGUGGAUGGGAAGGGAUUUGGAGAAGGUUUUUGGAGCAAGGUGCUGGGUCCAUGGUCAUGGUUCCUUAUGGUGGGAGGAUGGGUGAGAUUCUGGAAGCAGAGAUUCCAUUUCCCCACAGGCAGGGGAAUUUGUUCAGUAUCCAAUAUCUAGUUCGAUGGAAUGAUAGUGGAGCCUCGGCAUCCGAAAAGCACUUGGCUUGGGUUAGGAGAACGUAUAGAUAUAUGAGCCCUUAUGUAUCAAAGCAUCCGAGGGCUGCUUAUCUAAAUUAUAGGGAUCUGGACUUGGGUAAGAAUGAGGAGGGUAAUACAAGCUACUUAAUGGCUAAAGUCUGGGGAAGGAAGUACUUUAAGAAUAACUUUAAGAGACUGGCGAUUGUGAAGGGUGAAGUUGAUCCCGAGGAUUUCUUCUGGAGCGAGCAGAGCAUCCCACCUCUUGUUGUAGACAAAGAAAGGAGGUCCGGACAGAUUGGUUUCAAGGAUCUAAUUUCUAAACCAAAGCCACUGAUCAAACACUUCCUUUGAUUUCUGAAGAACGCAUCGUUGUGAAAUUGGCUUGUUAUUUAACUGAAUCAAUCAAGAGUUCUCUCAAAAAACUGAAUUAUUGGUGUCUUCACGGUAUCUUUUUGAUUAAAAGAAUGAUGUCUUUUUUUUU